AUGAACGUCUUGGCGAGGAUAGUGUCUCGGCCUCAAGCUAAGCCAUACCGCACGAAGGAGCUUGACGAGACUCAGCAGAUUAGCCUGGACAAGAAUGGCCUCCUCCAGUGGUCGCAGAAGGAUAUCGAGAACCCGAAAGAAUGGUCCAAAGUUCGAAGAUGGUAUAUCACUUUGGCUUGCAUUGUGCUUGUCAUGAAUGCAUCCAUGUCGUCCUCUGCUCCAUCUGCUUGUCUAGAGGGCAUUACUGAGGAGUUCGGCGUCUCCCCUACAGUAGGAAGGCUCACGGUCACACUAUUCGUGCUGGGCUUCUGCUCUGGACCCUGUCUCUGGGCACCACUGUCUGAGUAUUAUGGCAGAAGACCGAUCUUUGUCGGGACAUUCGUCUGCUUCUUCGCUUUCAAUUUCCUAUGUGCCUUUGCGCCAAACAUCGGUGGACUCCUCGUUGCUCGCUUCCUAUGCGGAACACUUGUCAGCGGUGCCCUUUCAAACACACCUGGAAUAUUCGCGGACCUCUGGGGUCCAAUAGAGCGCGGUAUCAGCAUGACACUCUUCGUCGGUGCCUUGCAAAUGGGUCCAGCUGUUGGACCUAUCACGGCUGGCUUCUAUCAGCUCACACUUGACUGGCGAUGGAUCUUCUACCAGUUGAUUUGGGUAUCGACUUUUUCGCUCUGCCUUUUGCCCACGAUCCCAGAGACGCUACCUUCUCGAGCACUUGCCAAGAAAGCUCGCCGCAUUCGCAAAGCGCAGAUGCCAGGUUUGGAGAAGGUCAAAGCACCCAUCGAAGUCGAGAAUCGAUCGCUGCUUUCCAUAUUCAAGACUUCAUUGCUCCGACCCUGGGUCAUCUUAAUCGACCCCAUCGCAAUGUUAUUGGCCAUCUAUCUCACAGUGGUAUACACCUUACUGUACAUGCUCUUCACCAUCUUCCCAAUCGCGUUCAUCCAGAUUCGUGGUUGGAAUGCUGGAGUUGGUGAGUUGCCACUUGUGAGUGUCAUCAUUGGAUCUUUUCUCGGCUGCACCUACGUAUUCUGGGACUCUGCUCGACAGAGGAAGAAGAUUGCAGCGGCUCACAACAAUUGUCCUGAAGAUGCACUGCCAGUCGCCAUGACCGGUGCAGUGUUAUUCCCCGUCGGCCUGUUCUGGUUCGCGUGGACGGCACCAUAUACCUCAAUGCACUGGAUUGUUCCCGUACUCGGCGCUGUCGUCUUCUCCGUCUCACUUACGAUCCUCUUCGUUGGCUUCUCGAGCUACCUAAGCGAGACGUAUCUGCAGUACGCUGCAUCUGCACAAGCUGGGAAUCAAAUUGUGAGAUCUCUGGUCGCGGCGACAGCUCCACUUUGGACUCAGCAGAUGUUCACAGCUCUGGGGGUCGGCGGAGGUGGAUCUCUCAUCGGCGGCAUGGGGGUCUUGCUAAUGCCCAUGCCCUUUGCGUUUUAUAGAUUCGGAGCGAAGAUAAGGGCAAAGUCAAGAUUCGCUCCUACCGAGCCGGCGCCGGUACAGGGUAACUGUUUCGUCAGCAGUGCUAUCUCCUGCGUCUGGUAG